AUGGUGAAGGUCUUGAGUGCCAAUCUUUUCGAUGCAGCUGCAAAGGUGCUAGUGGAGGCUGGAGACACUCUUCGGCCUCAGGACGUUGCCAAUUGCACGUGGGCAUUCGCAACUUUGCGGCAUCCGCAUCCAGAAAUAUUUUCAGGCUUGGGUGCCUCUGCAGCAAGGAGGCUCCACGAGUUCCGCCCGGAGCAGGUGGCUGUCUUGGUCUGGGCAUUCGCGCUGGUUCGAUGGCGCCUGGAGAAGCUGUUUGAGGCAGUCCAGCAUGAUGUCGUGGACCGAUACACUCACUUCAGUCCCGACAGCCUGGCCAAUGUUCUGCAUUCGUUCACGCUGGUGGGUCAUGACGGUGCGCAAGUGAUCCUGGAGGCUGGUAGCAGGUGGCUCAAAGAGCAAAGCGACAAUUGUGAUUUUUCUUACAUAGGUGUGCUAUUGGUCGCACUGGGCAGCUGUCCGCACACUUUUGCACAGACGUGCAGGCCGCUGUGCUCGUUCGACUCGCAGUACACGCAAAGCUGCCAAAUUAGCCGCUGGUACACAACAGCCUUGCUAGAAAGGCUGCAGGGUGACGGUGUCUGGGGGCAGAUUGCUGCCAAGAGCUUUUCAUGUGAAAGCUUGAACGGCUCUGACUGCGAAAAUGCCACAUCGUGUCAAGUUUCUGGGAGUGGCUGUGCCGCUGACCGGGCUUGGAUGGCAAGGAAGCUGGCUAGCCCUUUGUGGCAAGGCGGGGCGAGCUUGGGGGCAAAGUGUGGCCUGCUGGGACAAGUGAUGGCCGGGGAAGCCGAGUGUAUGGAAAUGGACGAGGCUGCAUGUGAUUCGUACAAUGGCACUGCUGGGUGCCUGUGGGAUCCUGUGCGAUCGUCCUGUGGCCUCCCACCUGCAGUGGUCCUUGCAUUGCUGCGGCAGGACUUCCGUGAUGAGCUCGUGCGGUUGGCUCUGCGACGAGAGCGCUGUGCAUCCGUUACAUCUGAAGAUCUGUGCAAAGGGUCUUGUUGGUGGGAUGCCGCUGCAAUGCGCUGCAAUCUGUUGGCCGUGGAAGCUCUGCUGGCCGUCGUUGAUGAAGAUUGCCCGCUCAGGACCGUGCUGAGCACACAAGCUGCUUGUGACGAGCUUUCUGAAGAAAGCUGUCGGGCAGCAGCGUGGCAAAGUGGAACCCAAGACUGCAUUUGGGUGAACGGUUGCCAAGCGAAUCCUCGCACUCUGGAGAUGGUGUUGCUCCGGCAGCUAGGACUAAUGACCGCACAGAUGGAGGACUCCAUGACGUCUUCCAUGGCAACCUGUGGAAAUUUGACAGACUGCGAUGCCCAGACGCCUGCAUUCUGCGUUGAAGACCUGCCGCCACUGCACGGGGCUGCGGUACAGCGGGCAUCGAAUGUGGCCGCCCCACACAUUGCGACGAACCUCUCAGAAUACAAGUCGAAGGCUCUUGCCAAGCUCGUAUUUGCGACAACCAAGACAUCUGAACCUGUCAAGGGCGACUUGGUGGAGAUCCUUGCGCAAGAAUUCCUGCGGCGAGCGGAUUCUAUGUCAAUGUCCCUUCUAACUGCUAUGCUGCUCGCAUUCUGGAAGGCGGAUUUGAGCAACCCCGACUUUUUCCGUCAGGCUGCUUCCAAGGUGCAGGCCUGCUUGAAAGACUUCGAGACAUCUGAGUUCAUACGUCUGCUGAAGAUCUUUGCAGCAGCUGGAGCCAUGGAGCCCGCCUUUGUUCAGGACAUGGUUGAUGAGGCACAGCGGCGCUUGCCAAGCCUGCGAGCGACAGAGCUUGUCAAUCUGGCGAAGACCUUGCUUCAGAUUGGGCAAGCUUCGCCCUUUCUCUUGGAAAACUUGGCAGAGCACGGAGACAAAGUCCUUCCGCAGAUGUCCCAGAAGGAGCUCACGAGCUUCCUGCGAUCGCUGAGUGGUCUCGGCCUGACCUCGGCCUCUUCCAGCGGCAAGGCCUUGUUCAGGCAGGCGGCCUCCAAGGCAACUCGGCAGCUCCUGAGAAGCAAGGACGAUCGUCGGUACUCUCUGAAGUCUUCUGAUCUUGCUUGCUUGUCUAGAGUCUUUGCCCGCGCAGCAGCUGCCACUGGCCCGCUCGCGGACAAGUAUCAGGCGUCGGCAGAGACCCCGGCCGAGCUUCGGGAGGCCAUCAACGCCUUCUUGCAAGCAGCAGUGGAGGAGGCACGGCAGCGAUUAGAUGAGUUUCAAGCUUCGCCUGCUUGUUUGGUGGGGGUGCUUUGGGCGGCCUCCGAGUGCAAAGUGAAAUGCGAGUCGCUGAUGAAGGCGACGAUCGCCGUGCUUCUGCCGUCUGAUGCGGGAGGUUGUGACAACAAUCUUCAGAGACUCCAGCUGCCCGAAUUGGCGGAACUGGCAAAGGCGCUCACCCACCUGGGCGUGGAGCAAGUGGAGUUGUACAAAGCACUGGCCGACGUUGCAGUAGCGUGCAUGCAGGAAGCCAACAACGCUCAGAACUACGCGCAGCCGUCUCCCAGAACCAGAAUGAGCCACAAAGUUUGGUCCGGAAGCAAGCAAAGCCGCUCACAGCGCAUCAUCAAGCGACUGCUUCCGCACGAGAGCUCGUGCGGGGUGGAAUUUCUGUUGCCUUUACGAGUGGGUGAAGAGGUAAGCUUGUCUGGCACCCUUGAAGUUCGGGUCUUGCGAGGCUGCGCCGAGAUCUGGGGGGCCAGUCUCUUGCCAUCAAAGAGAUUCCGUCGCCUUGUGGUUCCCCCUUGGUGUUCCACGCCUCGGAUACGGGCCGUGCGUGGCAAAUCUUUGGGUUCUCGACAGGUCGAUGCGUCUGCAGAGGCGCAGGAUGUGCAAGACUUCUUGGCCGGUCACCGAUGGCCUGUCGUCCUGUGCCUAAAACUCUGCAGAGAGUCGCGGGACACACUGAACGCAGAACUUGCUGCUCCGCGAAUGCGGGCUGUGCUCACGUCUCCUUCAGAUCAUCCACGUUUGACGGCUCACCGCGCAUGGCCGAGCAUACUGCAGCACUUCCUGGUCGAGUGCGUCCAUUGCUACAGUGAGAAGCCGCCGGUCUUAUUGGUGAUGGGUCCGAAAGGAGUCGGAAAGUCCACCUGCUGCCGAUACUUCGUGAACUCCUUGCUGUCGGAGUGCCCGGAAGUUUAUUUUCUGGAGACUGACUUGGGUCAGCCGGAGCUGGGCCCUCCCGGUGUUGUGACUUUGCAUCGCAUCACCCAGCCACUCUUGCAAGUGCCACAUGCAGAACAACACCACCACCAGCGCCUCGCCGCUUUCUUUGCAGGCGCCGUCACGCCCUCCACACACCCCGAGCUUUUUGUUGCAUCAGUUGCUGCUGCCUUCAACUCUUACAUCGAAGCUCAGCAGGGUGUUGUCCGGCCUGCGCCCUUGAUGGUGAACUCGCAUGGCUGGACCACUGGACUGGGUUUGGAACUGGUGCAACAGGUCGUUGCAAUCUCGAGGGCACAGCUCGUAUUGCGGCUGAAGCCUUCAGAGCCCCGGCUGAAGCGGCCUGCAGAGGAUCCCGCCGAAGCCGUCUGCAAGGGCGUCCCCGACGAGCCGAAGCCACGCCGCACCUCUCUCGCCCGCUGCGGGCCCCUCGCGCGUGCCUUCGGCCGGUUCCAGAAACCCUCCGCCUCCGACGAUGCGCUGGUGCUGGUGGACGUGGAGUCUGCGGCCAAAGGUGCCGGAGCUUCCCCUACAGCCGCGCAGCUGAGAUGGCUUCGGAUCGCAGGACACUUCCAGCCUAAUCUCGACCCAUGCCUCGCACCGCAUGCAGUGGCUCCGCAGACCUUCUUUUCGAUGGUGCCCCGCUGGCGGCUGCAGAUGAAAGGGCUACGCUUUGGUCUUAUUGCUGGACAUUUGCUUCACUCAGAGGUUGAAGCGGCGCUGACAGGCACGGUGGUUGCCCUUUGUUCCCAGCCGCAAUCAGAGGAGUCCCAAGAAGUCGAGGUCCGCUCAUCGGAGGAUCUGAGUUUGCUGGAGCCACACGAGGCACCAAUUGAAUUUGUGGCAUACGCAUUUGUGCACUCAUUUGACUUUCGCGAGAUCGCUUGGGAAGCGAACAGCACUCGGUAUGGGUGUCGGAAGCAGGGUCGUGAGCACGAGAGGCAAUAUCCGCCGGCGAAAGCUGCGGCAGGGCCUCCAGAAGAGCACCUUGUUCCUGCCGCCGAACUCCUCAGCCUUCUGGCGACAGUCGGGAUUUCGGGGUCAGUGCUUGCAUCCACUACGGCAGACAAAGUUCUUUCAGUGUUGGACCAAGCCGACACUGAGAUCAAGCUCCCUGCUUGGGUCAUUGCACGUUGCAUUGCUGGGCUCGCUCUUUCCGUCCCGGUCGGUCGAAUUCUCAGUGCCUUGAAGCUCCUGGCUCGUGCCGCGACGGCACGGGCUGUCGAGCUCCUUCCGGAGGAACGUGCCUUGAUUUUCUGGAGCCUAAGCUUGCAAGGCUGCUACGAGGAGUUCUUUGAAGCAGUUUUGGAGCAGACACCAUGGACUCUGUGGGCACCGAAGCUGCAGGACGAGCUGGUUAUCAGCGGAAAUGGGUAUGUCCCUUCACCAAAACUCGUGGCCUUGUGCCAGGUUCAUCUUGCUGAUCUGGCCUUGCGCAUUGAGGGCGGAGGGGAUCGAGCGGGUCUUUCUGCGGCGCAAAGGAGCCAUGUUGUGGAAGCUGCCCAAGUCAUGGCGCGCAUACGACCCGAGAUACCGGCAGAGGCAGAACCUAUCUCCCAAGCACUGAUUUCCAUGGACCUGCUGCCAUCACUCGGAAGCAGUACACCAGAAGGUUCAGGGCUUUGCCUUGAAGAGGCAGCCUUCCCGGCCAUCCAGUCAGGCAAUACUCGGGCUACAAAGCGAAGCACACGAAUCCGCUGGAACAUGGGGCCUUGCCAGCACAGGACCUGGCUGUCUGCCCUUCGAAAGACCGGCUUGGAAGGGGAAUUCUGCAAUCUGAUGCAGUGGAGAGGCUUCCAGUUCGGCUCCCGUCGGGUCACAAUCAAGAUGAAGGACUUCUGCCACGACAAGUACGAGCUGGCAAGAGAGCUCUUGCAAAACCCCUCGUUGUCGGGCACUAUGCCUGAAACGUAUCUGGGUGUGGAGGAGUUUGUCGCUUCCAGAAGGAACGUAGAAGGUCUUUGGUUUCUGAAGCUAUCCGAUGUUGACUACGGGUGCGGAGUCCGUCCGUUUCAAGGCCCGAAGACUGAAGAAGAACUUCAAGAUCUGCUGGAGCUUGCCUUUCUUGAGGCUUCUCAGUCUGUCACGGCUCUGCGGAAGGCCAAGGGCUGCAAGCCACGACCACUUGGCCGGCAGAUCGUCAUCCAACGGGCGGUCGAGUCUCCUCUUUCCUCCGAUGGGCAUAAGGAGGACUUCCGUGUCUACGUGUGUUGUACAGCAUCCCACAGCCCACGAAAGAUCUUCGUUUAUCAGAAGAUCGGAGUCCGGAAGGCCCCGAAACCAACGAAUCCGAUGCAUGGUUUGAGCCGAGCUAGUCAUUGCACCCACUACGGACGCAUUACGCCAGCGGCCUCGUCCACGGACUAUCACCAUUAUGAUGUCAUCUUUCCAAAGCUGUGUGCAAGCAUUGCGCAAGUAAUGCAGCAUUUUGGUCCAAGUCUGGAAGAAGGCUCUGCAGUCCUUCUUGGCAUGGACUUUAUUUGCGACGAAAGCCUGAAGCCUUGGUUGUUGGAGAUAAACCAAGUACCGCGCCUCUGCUACGACGACCCUCACGUUCAAGCUUGGACUGAAAGCAUGGCCAUGGAUUUCAUACAGCUGGUUGUCCUUCCAGAAUUCGGUUUGCCCUUGAGCAUUCGGGUCAGCUCUUCGUCUAUCCGGGGUUCGGGUGCGUCGACUGUGUCCAUCGAGGUGGAUCGCCCCGGAGACCUGCUCUUCGACAUCGACUCGGGGAAAGCGCAUCGCUUUUUGCCUACUGCAUUGAGAAGGCGCUUGCUUUGGUGCUUAGGCUACACCGUGGUGGUUUUGCCCUGGUAUGAGGUCAAUUGCUGUGACAAUGAGCAGCUGGUAGCACUCCUGCGUGCCAGACUAGCUGAGGUGACGCCACCACGACCACGCUUCAGUUCCGCUGGAGGUGGGCAGUCCAAGCUGCAGGAGGCUGAUGAAAGAAAUCGGGUGAGCAGCGCUGAGGCCAGCGGGAACAGCAGCUCCAGCGGCCUGGCAAUCUUUGCGAGUUCGUAUGCGAGUGUGGUUUGCGGGGCACACUCGGUCGUUUGUUUCGGUUUAAGAGUCUGGAUUGACUGCUGUUGGAGUUGUUGCAAUCACGGACGAUCCCCCAAACUUGUUGCUGCUAUUCUUGUGUCCUGUUUCAAACACUAG